CGAGGAAGUGGGAAUGGAUGGGAAGAGGGAGCGUGCCGGGGAGGGGGGAGACUCUGACUUGGAGGGGGCUGGCAGCCUGGCCGCCUGGCACGGGCGAACAAAAGGGCCAGCCGGUGAAUCUGUGAGGAUCGCCCGGCUACCACGGUGGUACUUGCCUGCCUGGUCUUUUCUCAUCCCCUCCCAGCCAAUGGCUCGUACUCAGUCCUCUACUUCCUCAUGAACAUACUAUAUCAUCCUCCCUACUUUCCUACUGCAUCAGUAAACUGGAAUCAUUUCGACCCCUCUGUUUUCAUCCUCUUUGUUUCCCGGUUGAUGACUGAUCCGGCAUGUGUGCUGACUCAUCCCUUGCCCCCGGCACCAUGGUCCGAGCGUCCGAACCGUCCCCCUCCACGGAACCUCUGGAAGCGGCCGACGGUUUUCCUGCGCUGUUCGACGGAAUUGCACUCAGGAUGCCUCACUCAUCUGCAUAAGACCACUGUGAAGGUGGAUUAUUAUUCCCCUCUUUCGCGCCACUUGGCCAGAUAUCGUAGGUAGCGUCGCCUGUUAUCUCCGAUCGCUUUUGCUCCGCCGGCA